AUGCGCUUCUCAACUAUCCUCCCUAUGCUGCUUGCAGCCGGUAUCGCCAAUGCCCAGGUCAACGGACAGAACAAUGGUCAAAACAACGGCCAGAACAACGGCCAGAACAACGGCCAGAACAACGGCCAGAACAACGGCCAGAACAACGGCCAGAACAACGGUCAGAACAACGGACAGAACAAUGGACAAAACAACGGUCAGAACAAUGGUCAAAACAACGGCCAGAACAACGGACAGAACAACGCUCUGUGCCUCAACCCCAACAAUGUCCAGGCGAACAGCAACUCUGACGGUCUCGGAGACAACGCAGAAGCAGGCCAGGCUGCUUCCGCUACGGACCCUGCCAACUUCAUCAACUUCUGCACGGGCAAGACACUGACCAACGGUCUUCAAGUCAGGGCGGGUUCUUGUAACUCCAUUGUCAUGGGAGAUAUUCCUGCUGUCGGCAACAUGGUGUCUACCAUUUUCACCAACCCCAAGAACGGUGACACCGUCGGUGAAAACUCAGCCAUUACCUUCUCUGUCAAGAUCAACAACUUGGUGGCUGGGUCCUUCACCAACCCCGACAACACUUACUACGCCGCUCCCCAGGCUCUGUCGGGCGGCAAUGUCGUCGGUCACACCCAUAUCACCGUUCAGGACAUGGGUGGCAAUGAAAACCCGCAAAACCCCCUUGAUGCCCAGACUUUUGCUUUCUUCAAGGGUAUCAACGAUGCUGGUCAGAAUGGCGUUCUCUCUGCCGAUCUCGCUGCCGGUCUCCCUGCAGGUGUCUACCGUGCCUGCACUAUCACUUCUGCUUCCAACCAUCAAAACGUAAUCAUGCCCGUUGCUCAGCGUGGUCCCCAGGAUGACUGUAUCCGAUUCACUGUUGGUAACGCCAACAACGGUCAGAACAAUGGUCAGAACAACGGUCAAAACAAUGGUCAGAACAACGGUCAAAACAACGGACAGAACAACGGACAGAACAACGGUCAGAACAACGGCGGCCAGAAGGGCGCACCCGGCGGAAGGCCCCAAGGUCAGAGGCAGAAGGGACGCUCGCCCGGCUUCGGUGGACGCCGUGGACGCUUUGGACGCCGCAGCUUCGCCGAGCGUGAGUUUGUUGCUUAA